ACACAUGAUGUUAGUCCGAUUGGUUUAGGUUAUAGAUAAUGUCUAAUUGUAAACUUUUUAUUAGUAUUUAAAACUAUAUUUUUUUUUUAAUUUCGAAAUCAUUUCUAAAACAGUAUCAUGUUUGAUGAUGACGAAACCUCUCCUACUUUGUACGAACGACACUUCCUUGAUGGCCAAUAUGCUAAUUGGAAGAUGUCGACGAAAUACUCCAACGUGAACCCUGGAACCCACUUAUUGAUAUCUAUGGCGAUCCUCAUCGGCACGCUGGCUAUGAUGCUGUUAUUGGCGCCACUGGGGUUGUGCUUCGUCUAUCCCUAUGAUGUUUGGGAUUCCGCCUGCGAUUUCGGACGUAGUAUUCUCAUCACUUCGGGCAAAAUCGAACUGUCUAAGGAAAACUGUAACACAAUUUAUGAAAUAGAAGAUUGGCAAAAGAAACCCACGAUUAUCUAUCCCGAAGCAAUACAGGGUCAUACGUAUAGUGUGCUUUUCUUAGAUCCUGAUGCUGAAGAUCAUCCUAAUGGAACCUAUUUUCUCCAUAUGCUUCAAGUGAAUGUGAAGACUUCGACGGAGCACGCUGACAUAAAUCCCAAAAGGCAAUUCUUGAUCGCGAUGGCACUUCUUCUGGGCUCGAUAACGAUCAUGCUAGCAUUAGCGCCGCUUGGGAAAUGCUUCCAGGCCCCUCUGGCGGCUUGGAGUUCCGCCUGCGAUUUCGGAGGCAGUAUACAGGUCACUUCCACGUAUGAAGUCAAAGUGUCCAAGGACAACUGUGACGAGAUUCUCGACAAGAAUGAUUGGCAAAGGAGGCCCACGAUUGGCCGUACGUAUAGUGUGUUUAUCCUAGACCCUGAUGCUCCUGAUCAUCCCAAUGGAACUUAUUAUCUCCACAUGCUUCAAGCAAAUGUGAAGGGAGAAGAUCUAAAAGAAGGAAACUUCAUGAGAUCAAUGACCAUUGCACCAUAUGUUGGACCACAACCACCUAAAGAAACAGGCCUCCACAGAUAUAUGUUUGUAAUCUAUCAACAUUGCAGAUCUCUUGACAUUUUGCCUUCUAUGGAAAUACCCUCAAGAAUUAGAUUUGACUUAGCAAAAUUUCUUGAAUCUAUUCAAGUGAAAAUGCUGGGUCCUAAAGCCGGUGUGCAAUUUAGAGCCAGUUAUUCAGCUUGACUUAAUAGUCAUGUCUACAAGAAAAAAAAAAAUCUGUGAAUAAACAUAUAUACUUAAUUUUAUAACAGGUUUUUAUUUAUUUAAAACCAUAUAAGCUAGGUAAUAAAACCAUAAAACCAUAUAAUUUAAUUUAGGUUCAUCCAUCAUAUUGGUUAUCCAAACUAUUGAUUGCGAGAUUCAGUUCAUAUAACCAAAUGUUUGGAUAAAAAGAACGUUUUUACUUUACAGCAAAUAAAUAAAAAUAUUUUAUAAAAUAUAUGUUUUCAAAUUUGAUAAAAAAUAUAGUAAACUUUUUAUUUAUGAAAUUGAAAAUAAUCAUUUGUACAUUGGUAAGUGUAUAAAAC